AUGGAUCGUGCUUUCUACACUGCUACUCUUGACAAUAUCAGUAUCGCUUACACGGAUACUGCCCCCGAGGGGAACGAGAAAGGCGUUGUAGUCUUGAUACAUGGCUUUCCUCAAACUUCAUAUCAGUUUCGAAAAGUAAUUGGACCAAUUGCUUCGGCAGGAUACCGGGUCAUUACCCCAGACUACCGUGGAGCCGGGUACUCGCACAGAACACAGACGGGAUUUACUAAAACGGAAAUGGCAUCGGAUAUUCUACAACUUCUGGAUCAACUCUCUAUCAAAGACCCAGUUCAUAUCGUUGGCCAUGACAUUGGUGGCAUGAUAGCCUAUGCCUUUGCCUCACGAUACGCCGACCGCACAGCCUCAGUAAUCUGGGGAGAAUGUCCCCUGCCUGGCACCCAAGCUCACGAAGACACAUGGAAAGUCCAUGGAGUCCUCCACUUUCACUUCUGGUUCCACCAAGUUCUUGACCUCCCUGAAGCUCUCGUUUCAGGCAAAGAAGAGAUCUACCUGGGUCACUUCUACGAUAAGCUCUCAUACAACUCCUCAGCUAUCAGUCAAGAGGAUCUUGAUUACUACGUUAAGAUGUUCAGUAGGCCAGGAGCCUUGCGCUGUGGCUUCAACAUGUACAGAGCAUUUGGACAAGACUCAGAAGAGAAUCGUGAGUGGGUUGCCAAGCAUGGCAAGUGCAAGGUGAGAGCGCUUGGUCUCAACGGCGGAGAGUGCCAGUUUAGUCAAGUGGCAGAGCAGAUGAUGGGAGAAGUUCACGAAAAGGGGACAUUUAGUGUUGCUUCUGUGCCUAAGAGCGGACAUUGGAUCGCAGAGGAGAACCCUGAGGAAUUUGUACGCGCAGUGCUUGAGUUCGUUGGAAAGGAGUAA